CGCCGCCUUCCAAGCUCGAGUCCUCCGUUCCGUUCCAGAUAAAUCCGUUUCGGUUCUUUUUCUCCGUGGGGUUCGACCGCUUCCACCACGCUCUCGGAAGGAUGGCGUUCGUCGACGCCGACAAGCUCAGUUACGAGAUCUUCUCCGUCCUCGAGAGCAAGUUCCUCUUCGGCCUCGACGACCCCAACAAGCUCUUCUUCCCCACUUCCUCCUACUCCUCAGCUGGCGCCUCCCCCCGGACCGCCGCAGGUGCCCGAGGAAGGAUCCGGAUCCUGUCCAUCGACGGCGGCGGCAGCCCCUCCGAUGCCCUCCUCGCCGCGGUCGCCCUCGCCCGGCUCGAGUCCUCCCUCCGUCACCUUUCCGGCGACCCAUCCGCCCGCGUUGCCGACAUGUUCGACGUCGCGGCCGGCUCCGGCGCCGGCGGCGUCCUCGUCGCGAUGCUCUUUACCAGGGACCACGACGGUCGGCCCCUGUUCUCCGCAACCGACGCCCUGCACCUCCUCCUCUCCGAGAGCCGCCGCCGCGGGCGCGGCUUCUCCUCCGGGAGGGGCCUAUUCCGUGGGAUGUUCCGUCGACCCGGGAGUUUCUUCCGUCGGAUCUUCGGCGACGCGACGCUGAGGGACACCGUCAAGCCGGUGCUCAUCCCGUGCUACGACCUCGCCACGGGGGCGCCGUUCCUGUUCUCGCGGGCUGACGCGGUAGAGGCAGACGGGUACGACUUCCGGAUGUGGGAAGUGUGCGCGGCCACGUGCGCCGACGCAUCCAACGCGGCGGUCGACCUGCGGUCGGUCGACGGGCGGACGCGCGUCACCGCGGUGGGCGCCGCGGUGGCGAUGGCCAACCCUGUGGCCGCGGCCAUCACGCACGUCCUCCACAACAAGCCAGAGUUCCCCUUCGCGGCCGGGGUGCAAGACCUCAUGGUGGUGUCUCUCGGCGCUUCCGCCCCCGCGCCAGCCGCACCGGGUGCCGCCGAGCUCGUCAGGAUUGCUGGUGAGGGCUUCGCCGACAUGAUUAACUCAUCAAAAGCCGUGGCUUUUGUGAUCAUCGUCAGGUGGAUCAAGCGGUGGCGACGGCAUUCGGACACCGCAGAGCAAGCAAUUACCUACGCAUACAGCCUCUGCAGGACACCGCACUCAUGUCGGGGAAUUGCACGCCAAAGACGACGAGCUCGAAGAGCACGGUGGAGGCAGCAGAACGCGUGCUGUCACAGCGACACGUGGAGUCGCUGCUCUUCAGAGGGCGAGGAAAUAUCUCGGAGCGGACCAACGGCGACGAGCUCGACCGGUUCGCGGAGGAGCUUGUGAAGGAGGAGGAGUGGAGGAAGAAGGGCCCGAUCCCGACGGUGGUGCUAAAGCAAGUGAUGAUGCCGCGAACGUCGUCGGCGACGACCGCGACCACGGUCACCGUUACCACGACUAUUUCUACGAGCACGACAUCAACAUGAUGGAGACGAUGGAGUCGAGAUAGCGGCUUGUGCAUAGACUGUUGUGGGGUUCUAAAAUGUGCGUUUUCCCAAGUGGAGGAUAUGACGUGGGAAAUCAAUUCAAGCUUGGAAAUUGUUCGAUAAAUUAUUAACGCGGUAGAAAUGUGAAUUUGGAUCUCUCAUACUAAUUGUGUUUCGAAUUCAAGAUGGACACUAUUUUACCUUCGAA